AGGGCCGGAGGGGGAAUCGUUUUCGUGUCGACAGGCCGCAUCGGCGAAUCCAAUUCGCGAGCACGCUUUUCAAAAGCUCGCCACCGUAUAAAUUCCUCCGGCCCACCGCGUCACACGGUCCCAAACGCGCAAUCCCCACUGAUCUAUUCUUUGAUCCCACCCACAAACCCAACACGCGUGAGCCAAACCCAGCCCACCGGAUCCGGCCCGGUCGCCGACGAUGGAAGCGGCGGGGAACGGCCGGAGGGACGCGGCGCUGGGCGGCCUGGCGGUGCUCCCCGACGAGCUUCUCUGCGCCGUCGUCGACCUCCUCCAGCCCACCGACAUCGGCCGCCUCGCAUGCGUGAGCAGUGUCAUGUACAUACUUUGUAACGAGGAACCUCUCUGGAUGAGUAAAUAUCUCUCAGUAGGUGGUCGUCUUGAGUACAAAGGUUCUUGGAAGAAGACAACAUUGUCUAGGCUUAGUCUUUGCUCUGAGAAUAAUGAAAUUGAGCAGAAGGCUCGUCAUUUUGAUGGAUUCAAUUCCUUGUACUUAUACAGGAGAUGGUAUAGAUGUUUUACUAGUUUGAGUAGUUAUUCCUUUGACAAUGGACAUGUGGAAAGGAAAGAUGACCUUUCUUUGGAUCAGUUCCGUCCUCAGUAUGAUGGAAAAAGCCCAGUUUUGCUUAGUAAGUUGGUUGAGACCUGGCCAGCAAGGACUAAAUGGACAAUCCAGCAGUUGGUGCUUGAUUAUGGUGAAGUCACAUUUAGGAUAUCACAGAGAAGCCCACAGAAGAUAAUAAUGACACUAAAAGACUAUGUGUCUUACAUGGAACUCCAGCAUGAUGAAGACCCUCUUUACAUAUUUGAUGAUAAGUUUGGAGAAUCAACACCAGCACUAUUGGAAGAUUACAGUGUCCCUCAUUUAUUUCAAGAUGAUCUUUUUGAUGUCUUGGAUUAUGACCAACGACCAGCCUUCAGAUGGCUUAUUAUUGGACCAGAAAGAUCAGGUGCCUCUUGGCAUGUUGAUCCAGGAUUGACCAGCGCGUGGAAUACUCUUCUUUGUGGCCGAAAAAGAUGGGCAUUGUACCCUCCAGGAAGAGUGCCUGGUGGUGUCACUGUACACGUAAGCGAUGAAGAUGGUGAUGUUGACAUCGAGACUCCAACAUCUUUGCAGUGGUGGCUUGAUAUUUAUCCUCAUCUUGCUGAACACGAGAAGCCACUGGAAUGCACGCAAUUACCAGGAGAGACCAUAUUUGUUCCCAGUGGGUGGUGGCACUGUGUUUUGAAUCUUGAAACGACAGUUGCUGUUACACAAAACUUUGUAAAUCAGUCAAAUUUUGAGCAUGUAUGUCUGGACAUGGCACCUGGUCACUGUCACAAAGGAGUUUGUCGUGCUGGUUUACUUGCUGUUCCAGGCAAAUCUAUUAGAGAUAUUGAAAACCAUCCACCUGGGACAGUGAGUAAAUGGAACCACACUGACAUGACGCGUACGGAAAAAAGGCUGAAAGGUUCAGGGCCUGUAAGAGCUUCAAACAGUGUUGAUCAGUGUUCUUCAUUUGAGUUUUCAGAUGUCCAUGAAAGUUUGGACAACCAAAUUUUCUCAUAUAAUGUAGAUUUCUUGUCCCAAUUCCUUGAGAAAGAAAAAGAUCACUAUACUUCUGUCUGGAGUCCUACGAAUCCAAUUGGGCAGAGAGAAGCAAGAGAAUGGUUGCGAAGGCUAUGGGUUCUUAAACCUGAACUAAGAGAACUAAUAUGGAAGGGUGCAUGCCUAGCAAUAAAUGUGGACAAAUGGUAUGCAUGCUUAGAGGAAAUAAGUGCAUGCCACAGUUUACCACCACCAUCAGAGGAUGAGAAGCUUCCUGUUGGCACAGGUAGCAACCCAGUCUUCAUUGUCUCUGACAACGUGAUUAAAAUUUAUGCUGAAGGAGGGUUGGGUUAUUCUGCUCAUGGUUUAGGCACAGAGCUUGAAUUCUACGAUCUUCUACAAAAAGUUGGCUCACCUUUAAUCAACCACAUCCCUGAGAUCAUUGCAAGUGGCUUUCUUGUGUAUGAGGAUGGUUCCUACAGGACAGUCCCGUGGGAUGGAAAAGGAAUGCCAGAUGUUUUGGCUAAAUAUUAUCCUUUGGAGCUUUCUUAUGCAAACGGCUGUUUUCCUCUUGGGUUAUGGAGCAAACAACAGUUUGGAAUGGAUAGUUCCCCUGAUGCUUCAAACAAACCUAUUUGGCCUUACAUGGUUACCAGGAAAUGCAAAGGGGAUAUCUUUGCUCGCGUACGUGAUACAUUGUCCAAGACUGACCUUUUAAAUCUUGCAUCAUCCUUGGGAGUUCAAAUGAGAAAUAUCCAUUUAUUACCAUUACCCCUUCCACAUGUAGAACUAUUACCCCAAUCUGGGGACAGUAAUGUGAAAGCCAAUGAUCCACCUGAAUGGAAACAUGUAAUUUCUACUCUGGACGGAAGAAAGAAGAAUAUAAAGAAGCACCUAGCUAACUGGGGGGGUUCCAUCCCAACAGUUCUAAUUGAGAAGGCUGAAGAAUAUCUGCCUCCUGAUAUGGGCUCCCUAAUCAAAUUUGUUAAGGAUGAUGAUGGUGAAUUGGUCUACACAUUCCCUUGUUGGAUACAUUCAGAUAUUAUGGACGACAACAUUCUUACUGAGAGGGCUACAAAAAUGGGUUCAUUCACUGAUGGCAAAAGCACUGGGGACACAGAGCUGGAGAGACUGAAUGUAAUUCAUAUAAUCGAUUUCAGUGAUCUGUCCAUUGGUGAUCCUUUAUGUGACUUAAUUCCGCUGCACUUGGAUGUUUUUCAUGGUGAUAUUGAUCUUCUCAGGGAGUACUUGCAAAGCUAUCAGCUUCCUUUCUUGAGAGGGAAAUCAAACAAUGAUAUCUACAAGUCCGUGCAAAAUUCAAAGUUCAGCAGGGCAUCAUAUCGUGCGAUGUGCUACUGCAUACUACAUGACGACAACGUCUUGGGAGCUAUAUUUGGCUUGUGGAAGGAGCUGAGGACCGCAACGUCGUGGGAGGAUGUCGAGCACCUGGUCUGGGACGAGCUGAACCGAUACCAACAGUUGCCUCCUGCAGUCUGUAGCUGACUCGCUGCGACUAACACCCUCAUAAAGAUGUCUGAAAAUAUCCGUGUAUUCUGUUUCGGUGUUCCCUUUCAACACAUCACCCAGCUUCGUUGAAGAGUAGAAAAUAAUAACGGCCCAAACCAUGCUUUUGUUUGUUUCAUUCGAGGCAGCCUUUUGGAUUAUUGGGUUUUUUUGAGACAGCCUUUUGGAUUGUCACGGAGUUGACAGCCUUCCGUUGCAGUGCAUAUCAGCAUUGUCACCGAGUUACUAAGGCCCUACUUAUAUGAUUAGGUUUUUUGUGUGCGCUGUGAAGCCGGCAGUUGUACUGCAGUGCAACAUAUUCCGAAUUUACAGAAGUCGUUUCCUCUUAGGCGACCUUAUGACAGGAAUGCAGUCGGUGAUACUUGGUUAGUCUAGACCGUCCGAUCAAUGCAACAUGAAAACCUAGCUUGUAGCAGUGUAUUUGUUUGUAUAUAUGUGUUAUCUCUGCAACAUUGGUCUGUAAAACACAUAAGCAAAACCUUGCAACAUUUUAGCAAUAUCCAUGUGAAGACACUAUGUUUAUGAAACAAA